CUUCAUCUUCAUCAGUUCGUCUUUUAUGUUUAGCUGCUGGAGCUACGGAGAGAGAGGGAAGACCAUCAUUGGAGAAUGCUGAGAGAAAGAAGACCAUCACUAUCUUCGUCGGAGAUCUGCACUUCGACAAUAAAUGGAUCGUCUCAUAUCUACACUACUAUCAUAUCUUACCUUACUAGAUCAUUUGUCGAUUUACAGAUUUGGCCUCUAAAAACAAAUCUUUUGUCAAUAGAGGUUGCUGGAGUAGUUCUAAGACUUCUAUUGUUAGUUUCACAUAUGGUUGGUGGUGAUAGCGCCAUGAUUUUAUACGAAAGUAAAAUUCAAGAACACUGGAUCAGUUUAGCUACUGCUGGAACAAUUCCUGUUGAGCAAGAAAACAUCUAUAACCAUGGUGAGAUUUUUUGGGUUUUUUUCUGGAUUUUUAGUUGUUCGGUGGUGAAUGGUGAGAGUAAGAGUAUCGGUAGACGUGAGCGGUGGAAGGUGGUUGGCGAUGGUGGGUAG